AUGGCAAUGGAAACCGAGCCACAGUUUGUUCCAGCGGUUAACCCAAGUUCAGAGUAUCACUUAACUAAGGUUAUAGCUUUGCCGUUAAUGGAAAAGCCUCUUUGCCCUGGUUUUUACUUUCCAACUCACGUUCGCGAUCCUAAAUUACUCGCAGAUUUAUUGGAGAAUCAAUAUGUAGGUGUUUUUCUUUUGAAGGAUGACACUAAUCCACCACCAGAGACGCUCCUAAAAGGGAAAGAGUUACUUAACCGGCUUCAUGAGAUUGGCUCACUCGCUUAUAUUUCAAGUAUCAAAGGUCACCAAGUUAUCCACAUCACUGGUCUCACCCGAAUUCGAAUAACCGAGAUGGUUGAAGAAGCUCCUCUAACAGUCAAAAUUGAUUAUCUUAAGAACAAGCCAUAUGAUAUGGACGAUGGUGUAAUCAAGGAUACUUUUUUAGAAGUUUCUUCAGUGCUUAGGGAUGUUCUAAAGACAAGUCCAGUGUGGAGAAACCAUCGUUUAGGCGACUUCAUGUAUCCAUAUUUAGCUGAUUUUGGAUCUGCGAUGCCAUGUGGUACAAAACACCAAGCUCAACAAGUUCUACAAGAACUCGAUGUUCAUAAAAGACUGCAGUUGACGCUUCAAUUGGCUAGAAAAGAAAUGGAAAUCAUCAAGAAUGAGAGCCUUGGCAUGGAACGGAACCACUGCGUUUUCUCCUUCCUACUGCCAGAAGUGGACGAGCGUGAACCAGUUUUGUAUGAGCAGACACCAGUUGGGGUUGCUAUGGCUCUAUCUUUGACAUCCACAGGUGGUUCAACAUUGUACAUGGAGACAAGCCUUGUCGAGGAAGGCGAAGCCAUAGGCUGCCUCUAUUUAAUGGGAGAGGUUGGGGAGGAGACGAACGAAAGCGCAAACGUCGCUUACAUAGUUGCCAAAAAAAUCUUGCUCAAGAAACAACCCGAGAACACCUUCUUUGCCAACUCCAUGCUUCGUCUAGAUUUGCCUAGAUGUAACGGCAGAAGCGCAGGCUGCACCAUGACGACAUCCUUGUUAUCACUUGCCAUCAAGAAACCUGUCAGGAAGAAUCUUGCAAUGACCGGGACAGUCACUCCAAGCGGUAAAGUACUUGGAAUUGGCGGCGUGAAAGAGAAGACAAUAGGUGCAAGACAGAGUCAAGUGAAGACAAUAAUAUUCCCGGAAGCUAACCGGAGAGAUUUUGAUCAACUCCCGGAAAACGUGAAAGAAGGGCUCCAUGUUCAUUUUGUGGAUGAAUACGAGCAGAUAUUUGAGCUAGCAUUUGGAUAUGAUGAAGAAGAUUAUCAAAUUGAGUUGAGAGCAGAAGGUGAUGAAUACAACCUUGCAAGUUAUGUUGGCAAACCAGUUCUGUAUGAGCAGACACAUGUUGGGGUUGCUAUGUGUUUAGCUAUGACGUCCAUAGGCGGCUUAGCAUUGUACGUGAAGACAAACUUUGACGAGGAAGAUGAAGGCGACGGAUGCAUCCAUAUCAUUGGCUCACUUGGGAAAGAGAUGACAGAAAGUGUUUGGAUGAGUAAUGACCUCGCUAUACAAAUCCUCCGCAAGAAAAACCCCGAGAACACCUUCUUUGCGGAUUCCCUGCUUAGCAUAUAUUUGCCUGCUUGUUCCACAAGUAACGAUACAAGCGCAUGCUCCACCAUUGUCACAUCACUUCUAUCACUUGCCAUGAAUAAACCUGUGAGGAAGGAUCUUGCAAUGAGUGGGACUGUCACUCCGAACGGUAAAAUUCUUGGAAUUGGCAACGUGAAGGAGAAGACAAUAGGUGCAAGACGGAGUCAAGUCAAGACAAUAAUAUUCCCGGAAGCUAACCGGAGAGAUUUUGAUCAACUCCCGGAAAACGUGAAAGAAGGGCUCCACGUUCAUUUCGUCGAUGAGUAUGAGCAGAUAUUCGAUCUAGCAUUUGGCUAUGACCAUUAG